UGUGGAAGUCAGAGGGCAGCCUGCACGCCAUUCCUCAGGUGCCUUCCACCCUUUGUUCUCAGGAGGGUCUCACUGGCCUGCAACUUCGCCAGGUAGGCCGGACUAGCUGGUUGCUGAGCCCCAGGAAGCGGCUUUUUAGUGUGGGUCCUAGGGACUCAAAUGAAAGUCCUCAUACUUGCGAAUCAAGCCUGUCACCAACCGAGCCAUCUCUCCAAGAAAAUGUGUUAACUUAGGUUACUAUGUUAUAUAUUACAUUAUUAUUUCUAUUUUGUAAUACAUACAAAAUACAGCGACAGAGUGCGGUGGGCCUGUGCCCUGUGCCACCUCGCUUAGCCCUUGUAGCUGAUAACUAAAAAUCAUAAACACACCUCUCGCAUGGGAAAUUUGGCUUAGAGACAAAAUUCAUUUCCUAAUGUCAUAUCACUUAGUGAGCAGGGUUGGAAUUUUGAACUCUGCCAGUGACACUGACCUAAUGAAGGGCCUCUGGUGGUCUGUAGGGACCUGCGUUGAGGGACGGCGUUGUCCCUGUGAGACACGGAGGCUUCUGGCAUCUGUACCUGAUAGCACAGAUUCCAGCUGCGGGGGGUGCGUUAGACGCCGUUCCUGCCCAUGUCUUGAGAAGAAGCCUGUAGCCCUCACCAGUCAGCUCACAGAGCAAGUGUUUUCUAAGCUGUGUGGCCUCAGGCCCACGAGUGGUGGACUUUACUGAGUGGACUCUGCUAGUCACCAGAUCCCAAACUUAAUUCCUUCCAAACAUGUCUCUCCAGAAGCAGACUCCGGGGUGAGCUGUCCAGUUGACCCUCAAAUUUGUCACCUCUGUGUGGACACAAACCAUCAGUGGCGUCUACUGCCAAGCCAGUAAGAGAAGAGGCAUGCCCUUUCUGGUGUGUGAUACCGGCCGGGGUAACCUAAUCAGGAGCAAAGGGAGAAAUCUCAGGCAGCAUCUCAGGGUGGACCCCGGUCCCACUCAAAGGAAUUCCAUUCUCUCAGCAGGGAACCGAUUGACAAUAUGGAAAAGCAGCAGAAAAAGGAAGUACAGGAGCUUUCAAUUUGGUCGCCUAGAAUGGAAGAGAUAAAAACAGAUUUUGUCUGUGGUUCUGACAAAAAGGCAGGUUGUCCCCCCCUCCACGUCCCCUUUGAAAACCCAGGAAGCCCCAUCCACAAGCCCCCUGAGACUAACAUCUUUACUGCACAGCACAAGGCUCAGGAAUUCCAGCAUCCCAUCUGGCAGUGCUCUGGAAAGCAAAAAGGGGAGGUGCAGCCUGGGCCUCCCCUUGCAUGCCCUCUGUUUGGGGUUCUGGAAAUCUCUCCUCCUGGACAUAGCUGAUGGCAUCUCUUUAUUGGCUCUUUAUAUUGUGGUGUGCUGGGGGGUGGAUGACCCCUUCGUUCCUUUGAUCUUAGAUGAGGGGGAUCCUGGCUUCCGGCAACACACAGAAAGACUUACUUUGGCAUCCAUUACUUAUGAUCGUUCUCUUGAGUAAGAAUGUUUAAAAUAUUAUCCUUAAACUUAAAGAAAGAAGAAACAAAGCCGAUGAACUCCUCUGUUGAUAAGCAUGUCAGUUCUGUGCAGCCAUACGAGCCCUGCGCCUUGAGAGGAUGUGGGAGAUGUAUUCUCAAGUGAGCGCUGGAUUCCCACCACAGAGCACUUUGGAUGAAGUUACUGUCUGUGAAAAGUUCUUCCCACCUCUCUAGAAGGCAAAUCAACAUAGGCUUUUAUAUUAUUUAUUACCUGCCCUGUCUCCACUGUUGCCAGGAAAUUAAGGUAGAAUCCUAAAGCAGCUGGUCACAUCCACAGUCAAGAGGAAAGAAUGAAUGCAGCAACACUUGCUUGUGCUCAGCUCUCGUGCAUCACUUACACAGUCCCGGACCCAGAGCGUGAGGAACGGUGCUGCCCGGGGUGGGCGAUUCUGCCCGCCGAUUGAUGUAAUGAAGCCAAUCUCCCAAGACAAACCCAUAGUCAGCCAGAUCUCGAAAGUUCUCAUCCCAGUUGUAAGAAAUGCUUACUAAUUUCACUCAUCUCACAUUGGAUAUAACAGAAGCACAGAGAAGUGUUUGAGAACAAAGAUAAGAUUGUGAUCAUCAUGGAAUAUGCCAGCAAAGGAGAGCUGUAUGAUUACAUCAGUGAGCGGAGACGCCUCAGCGAGAGGGAGACCAGACACUUCUUCAGGCAGAUCGUGUCUGCUGUGCAUUAUUGCCACAAGAAUGGUGUGGUCCACCGGGACUUGAAGCUGGAGAAUAUACUGCUUGAUGACAACUGCAAUAUUAAGAUCGCUGACUUUGGGCUCUCCAACCUGUACCAGAAGGACAAGUACUUACAGACGUUUUGUGGGAGCCCGCUCUACGCAUCUCCUGAGAUUGUCAAUGGGAGACCUUACCGAGGGCCGGAGGUGGACAGCUGGGCCCUGGGUGUCUUGCUUUACACUCUCAUUUAUGGAACGAUGCCCUUCGAUGGUUUUGAUCACAAAAACCUCAUUCGACAGAUCAGCAGCGGAGAAUACCGGGAACCCACGCAGCCCUCAGAUGCCCGAGGACUCAUUCGGUGGAUGCUCAUGGUAAACCCGGACCGCAGGGCCACCAUCGAGGACAUUGCCAACCACUGGUGGGUGAACUGGGGCUACAAGAGCAGCGUCUGUGACUGCGAUGCCCUCACCGACUCCGAGUCGCCACUCUUGGCACGGAUCAUUGACUGGCACCAUCGUUCCGCCAGCCUGCAGGCUGAGGCUGAAGCCAAGAUGAAGGGCCUGGCCAAACCCGGAGCCUCUGAGGUUGUGCUGGAGCGGCAGCGGUCGCUGAAGAAGUCCAAAAAGGAAAAUGACUUUCCCCCGCCUGGCCAGGACGCCGUGCCGGAAAGCCCAUCCAAGCUGAGUCCCAAGCGGCCCAAGGGGAUUCUGAAGAAACGGAGCAACAGCGAGCACCGCUCCCACAGCACCGGCUUCAUCGAAGGCAUCGUGGGCCCCACCUUACCGUCUCCUUUCAAAAUGGAGCAAGAUUUGUGCCGGACUGGCAUCCCUCUCCCCAGUUCCCCCGAGGCAGAGAUGCCAGGGAAGCUCAGCCUCAAACAGUCAGCCACGAUGCCCAAGAAAGGCAUCUUGAAAAAGACCCAGCAGAGGGAAUCUGGUUAUUAUUCAUCCCCGGAGCGCAGCGAGUCUUCAGAGCUGCUGGACAGUAACGACGUCAUCAUCGGCAGUGGCCUCUCUUCCCCUUCCUCGGAGGCAGCCCGGGGGACUUCCCACAGCCUGUCCUGCCGGAGGAAGGGCAUCUUGAAACACAGCAGCAGGUACUCUGAUGGUGCCACAGACCCUGCCCUCGCCGGCCCCGAAAUGCCCACACUGGAAUCCUUGUCAGCUCCUGGUGUCCCCCCUGACGGCGUCUCCCGGAGCUACAGCCGCCCGUCCAGUGUCAUCAGCGAUGACAGUGUCCUGUCCAGUGACUCUUUUGACUUGUUAGAUCUCCAGGAGAAUCGUCCCGCCCGCCAGCGCAUCCGCAGCUGCGUCUCUGCUGAAAAUUUCCUCCAGCUUCAGGACUUUGAGACCUCCCACAGCCGGCCCCGGCCCCAGCACCUGAAGCGGUACCGGAACCGGCUGGCAGACAGUAGCUUCUCCCUCCUCACUGAUAUGGACGAUGUGACUCAGGUGUAUAAAAAAGCCCUGGAGAUCUGCAGCAAGCUCAACUAGCCCCUCAGGGCACAGAGGAUGGGAUG